UGGUUACAGCUGUUCAAGUGUUCACUUGACGCUAUUGUUUAUUUAUCUGCUUCUUUUGUUUGACGGUUGACCGUGUAACGACAUAACAAAAUUGUGUCUUUAUCUCCGAAAUACACGUGUUUCAGUAAUUCAAAAACUUAUUUUAAAUAUUAAUGUAUCAAUAACCUGAACUAACUAAAAUGGCAUUAUAUAUAAAGCCACCGCCGGUGUUUGAUGAUUUGGAAGAGAAAGUAAAGGAGUAUAUAUUAAAUCCAGAGCGUUUGCCCAUUCACAAAUGGGAAAAAUCUGUAUCACAUUGGCAUAGAACACCAGAUAUUGACAGUUUGUUUAAGAAAAAUGAACCUGAGUUAGAACUUGACACGACACUCGAAGUUGUUCGAGAUCCCAUUACUGGAGAGAUAGUAGGUUUAGAAGAAGUGAGCAUAUCAGUUGAUAAUGAGGCAGAGAAUCUAUCUAUGUCCAGAGCACCGUUACCUCCUAGUUUGGCAACUAGAGGAAGUACAACACAAAAUCCAUUUCUUCCCGCAGGCUUUGAAGAUGAACUUCAGAAAAUGCUUGAUGAAGCUGCAAAAUGUACAGAGAUUUCAAUUGAUCUAGAAGAAGAUGAGCCUGGAAAAUUUUUGGGAGAAGAAUUAUUAACAACUUUACCUGGUUCGGAUAAAAGAAUAGUAUUUGCUGAGGAUGGUAUGACAUUGCUGGAACAAGAAAAUAAAGAUGGCUCCCAGAAAGAGAAAAAAGAAGAAAUAGAGUUAGAAAUCAAUAUUAACUUGGAAGAAGUUGUUGAAAAUACUUCUCAUUUAAUAGGUCUGUGGCAAGAUGAUGAAAAGCAAGAGCAAAAACAAAAACCUCUCAAAAAAAUAGAACUACAAAUAGAAAAAGAAACUGCUGAUGAUAAUUUUCUGGAAAGUACUGUUAUAAAGCCUCCUGUAGAACUUCCCGAAAUACCAGUACUCAAUAUAACUAGCUCUGCGCCCAAAAUGGGAGUAACUUCCACUGAAUGGGCAGAAAUGAUAGAUGUGUCUCUACCUGUACCUGAAUUCAAGGAGAAAAUAAAGGAUAUGGCGCAUUCCUAUCCAUUUGAAUUGGAUACAUUCCAAAAACAGGCGAUACUUAAAUUAGAAGAGGGUCAUCAUGUUUUUGUGGCUGCUCAUACGUCUGCCGGUAAAACUGUAGUAGCCGAAUAUGCUAUUGCAAUGUCGAGAAGAAACUGUACGAGGGCUAUUUACACAUCUCCUAUCAAGGCUCUAUCAAAUCAAAAGUAUAAUGACUUUAACAAAACAUUUGGUGAGGUCGGUCUACUGACAGGUGAUCUACAAAUAAAUGCUACGGCGUCCUGCCUGGUCAUGACUACUGAAAUCUUACGUUCUAUGUUGUAUUGUGGAUCUGAAGUUACAAGAGAUCUCGAAUUUGUUAUAUUUGAUGAAGUUCAUUAUAUAAAUAAUGCAGAGCGCGGUUAUGUUUGGGAAGAGGUACUUAUAUUGCUGCCAGCUCACGUUAGUAUAGUCAUGUUGAGCGCGACGGUACCCAACACGCUGCAGUUCGCGGACUGGGUGGGUCGAACCAAGAAGCGAAAAGUGUUUGUGGUGUCCACACCGAAGCGGCCUGUACCGCUAUGUCACUAUUUAUAUACAGGAUCUGGCGGCAAAUCUAAGAAUGAACGAUUUUUAGUUGUCGAUCAAGAAGGAAAUUUCCAAUUACGAGGUUACAACGAAGCUGUAGCCGCUAAGAAAUCUCGUGAAAAUGAAUAUAAGAAAAGUUUUGGUCCCAAAGGUGGUAAGCAAUACGGUAAUCCGAAAGCAGAGCAAACGAUGUGGGUGGCUUUGAUAGAUCACUUGAGACAGUCGGAUAAGUUACCCGUUGUGGCCUUCACUUUGUCUCGUAAUAGGUGUGAUCAAAAUGCAGAAAAUUUAAUGUCAGUCGAUUUGACUACUGCUAAAGAGAAAGGCUACAUACGGUCAUUCUUUUCGAGAUGUCUGCAGCGGUUAAAGGUACCUGAUAGAGGAUUACCACAAGUGAUUCGUCUAGAGAGGGUGUUGGAGAAUGGUAUCGGUGUACAUCACAGUGGAAUUUUACCAUUGCUAAAAGAAAUAGUGGAAAUGCUCUUCCAAACUGGUCACGUGAAGAUCCUGUUCGCGACGGAGACGUUCGCGAUGGGCGUGAACAUGCCGGCGCGCACCGUGGUGUUCGACGACAUCUCCAAGUUCGACGGGCUGCAGUCGCGCAGCCUGGCGCCCGCCGAGUACAUCCAGAUGGCGGGCCGCGCGGGCCGCAGAGGUCUGGAUGACACCGGUACAGUAAUAAUUCUGUGCAAGGAAACUGUGCCAGAUCAAGUUACUCUAAAAGAAAUGAUGCUCGGAAUUCCUCAUAAGCUAUCUUCGCAAUUUAGGCUAACUUAUGCCAUGAUCCUGAGCUUGUUGAGGGUCGCUACAGUAUCUGUUGAAGGUAUGAUGCAGCGCUCUUUCCGUGAAUUUCACCAGCUAUGCCAAGCGGAUAACUACCGGAAACAAUUGAAAAUCGCCGAAAAGGAAUACUCGGAAAAGUGCAGUACUCCUCUGCCCUCCCAUUUGACUCCUCUAGCUACCUUUUAUGAUACAGCAGCAGCUUAUAUCGACGUUUUGAAUGAUAUCAUGCCUAUACUGCUGAAUCAGCCUAAGAUCGUAAAAGAGUUUACACCUGGAAAAAUUCUUGCAUUGUCUGCCGGACCUUAUAUUAAUCAGUUGGGGAUAUAUUUAAAUAACAGUGGUCCAAGACAGACGCCCUACAAAGUGUUAGUACUCAACACAGUUGAAAAGGACACUACAAUGUACAACUUCGAUGUGGACGAAAACUGGUAUCGAAUGUUAAGUUUUUCUGCGCUUUACGAUUAUAUAGGCACAGAAGAAAGCACGUUAGACCACACCAUACUAUGUGUAGCACCAAAGAACAUAAUAGCUGUAACCAAAAUUAAUCUCAAAAUCGACGUUAACAUUAUCAUCCAAGAUUGGGAGAAAAGACAAAUGCCAAGGUUCAAGGACGCGCCGGUGGGCAGCAGCUGCGCGCAGGCGGUGCAGGAGCUGGCGCGCGCCUCGCACGCGGCCCGCGCGCGCGGCUCCGCGCCGCCCGCGCACUGCCUCACGCGCGCGCUGGCCGUGCACUCGGGGGAGGUGCUGCACGCGCUCGACGACAUGAACCGCCUGAAGGCAGAUUUAGACGUGCAAAAGAAGGCAACAGAUAUAGCAAACUUUAAAAACGAGUUUGCCAUAGUAUAUGAACGAAAACAGACUGAAAGAAAGCGGGACAAAUACAAGCGUCUACUUUCUUUUGAAAACUUAGCUCUCUAUCCAGACUACCAACGAAGACUGAUGGUCCUGCGCGAAUUGAACUACAUUGACGAACAGGACAAUGUCAUACUCAAGGGACGAGUCGCAUGUUGUAUGGGAACCAAUGAAUUGAUUAUAUCUGAGCUUGUGUUUAGAAAUGUUUUCACAGAUAAAAGUCCAGCAGAAAUAGCCGCGUUGCUCAGUUGUUUCGUGUUUCAAGCGAAAACAAGAACGAAUCAGUUCCUAACGAAACAGUUGAGUGCUGGUGUAAAAGCAAUUCAAGAAAUUGAUGAAGAACUGUCUUCUAUUGAAUCCAAAUAUUUGGUAGGUCAAUUUGAGGGCCAACCGGAGAGGUUAAACUUUGGUUUAGUUCGCGUCGUGUAUGAGUGGGCAUUGGAGAAACCCUUUUCGGAGAUCAUUGAGCUUACUGACGUGCAAGAGGGCAUAAUUGUUCGAUGUAUCCAACAAUUGCAUGAGCUCUUAGUCGACGUAAAAGAUGCAGCAGUUGCAAUAGGAGAUCCUAAACUCCAAGCAAAGAUGAUGGAAGCUUCAACUGCCAUUAAAAGAGAUAUUGUAUUUGCUGCCAGCUUAUACACUACACAAAGAGAGGCUGUCGUAUUAUAAUAUUUACAAAUUAUUGGUUUAAAAAAUAAUUAAGCAAUAAUGUAAUCAGUUACCUCAUAAUAAAAAUAAUUAUACAAAAAAA